AUGGCUGACUGGGCCAAACUGAAGGUCGUUGACCUCAAGGCGGAGCUGAAACGACGCGAUCUUCCGCAGCACGGCCUCAAGGCAGAGCUUGUAGCACGGCUUGAUGCAUUAGACGCUGCCCCGGUGCCCGUGAAGGACGAAAACCCGACGAAUGCGGACAGCGCUGAGCCAGCCCCGGCAGCUGAAGAUUCCAUCCAGGAAUCAGAGGCGGUGCCGGAGACGAUUGCGGACACCUUAGAAUCCAAGCAAACGGGUGUUCCCACAGGAUCAUCUAUAGAGCCUGUCGAAGUGAUUGCGGAGAUUGCGGAGCCAGAACUGGCAAACGCAGCGCCGCAGUCACUGGCAGAGAACGACAGAGCGAGCGACGAAUCGCAGAAGCGCAAACGCAAAUCGGCGACACCGUCGCCCGAUGAAGAAAUAAUCGCCGCCAAACGAGCCCGAUCUUUUUCAGAGCAAGAAAUAAUACAAGAGCAGGCGGACUCUGCACCAGCCACAGAGGACGCGGUGGCAGCAGCUGACAAGCUUGCACCUACGGACGUUGAGCAAACGCCGCCCCUGGCAUCAGAUAGGGUCACCUCUCCUGUAUCACCCCCUUCCCCUCGUCCCACGCAUGCACUCGAUACAACCGCCCGCGACGAUCACAACAACAUGGACAUGGACGUGGACCGCGACGUGGCGCCGGCGACGCACCCGCCCACGGCGGCGCUGUACAUUAGCAAUCUCAUGCGCCCCCUCCGUCCGGCUGACGUCCAAGCGCGCGUCUGCGAGCUGGCCGCCCCGUUCGGCCAGGUACCCGACGACGGUGCCAUUGUCCAGUUCCACCUGGACCAGAUUCGCACGCACGCAUUUGUCGUGCUCUCCUCUGUCCAGGCCGCCGAGCGCGUGCGUGCGCGGCUGCACGACUGCGUCUGGCCCAACGAGAGCAACCGCAAGGCCCUCUAUGUCGACUUUGUGCCCCCGGACCAAGUCGAUGACUGGAUCGCCACCGAGCAAGACCACAGCAGCGGAGGAGGGCGACCGGGACGCUCGACGGUGCGCUGGGAAGUGGUCUAUGGCACGGGACCCGACGGCGUCGUCGAGGCUCGUCUGCAGCAGGUUGGCGUUCCGGCCUCGCGUCCCGGCCCGCCGCCGCCAUCGGGCCCAAUGAGCCACCACCAGACAGCUGCCUUCGCCACCGACGUAGCCGCACCUCCUACUGGUCCGCGCGGCGACCGCCGUCGGCAAGACGACCAAGCUCGCGAGCCGCAGUUGCCACCACAGCAGCCGAGAAGCUUUGGACAGCCCCCCAGCGUGCUCAACUACGACCUGCAGCGGACGCGCGCCCGGCCGUCUGUUACCUUCCAGCUCGUGGCCUCGACGGUCGCUCAGCGACGCGUCGACAAUAUGCGCGCCUUUUAUACCCAGGACGUGCGGCGCGUGCUCGGUCGCGACAUCAACCGAUACUCGUUUGAGGACGGCGACGGCUUCGUCGACCGCGGCAAAGAGGUGUUUGAGGGGAUCCGCCCACCGCACCGGGAGCGUGGCGGGCGCGGCGGGCGUGGCGGAGGCAAGUUUGGUGGCGCUGGCGGAGGAGGCCGUGGACGUCGUGGUGGUGGUGACUGGCAACGUGGUGAUCGUUACCUUCCUGGGGCUUCUGGGGGCGGCGGCGGCGGUGGUCGGCGAAGAUAUGAGGAUGACCGGGACCGCGAUCGCCGCUACUGA